ACCUGAGGCGGAUGACGGCAGGCUUCAUGGGCAUGGCUGUAGCCAUCAUUCUGUUUGGCUGGACGAUAGGUGUUCUGGGAUGCUGCUGGGAUAGAGGACUGAUGCAGUACGUGGCAGGAUUACUGUUCCUCAUGGGAGGCACCUUCUGUAUAAUCUCUCUCUGUACCUGCGUGGCGGGGAUCAACUUCGAGCUGUCCCGUUAUCCUCGCUAUCUGUACGGCCUGCCGGACGACAUCGGCCACGGCUACGGCUGGUCUAUGUUCUGCGCCUGGGGAGGUCUGGGGCUCACCCUCAUCGCUGGUUUCUUCUGUACCCUGGCUCCCUCCGUCCAGCCCAUCCCUCGAUCCACCUGCCCCAAGUCGAGGCAGGAGAACGGGACGGUCUGCUAGAGGGACUGGGAUGGAGGAUAGAGGGACUGGAGGAUAGAUAGAUAGCUGACUACACCUUUAACCACACAGGACAGCCGUAACAAAAGAGAAUUUAACAAACAAAAAUGUAACAAUGAGUUGACAAAUCCAUGCAUUCAUUUAAUGAACCAUUUUCCUGGCCACUUAAAGACAAUGUUUUGUUUUUUCUUUGUUUAAAGUGUGUGUGUGUAUAAACAUGUUUAAAGUGUGUGUGUGUGUGUGUAUAAACAUGAUCUGGUUUCUUGAAAAACAAUUGUUGUGUUUUUUUAAACACACGAACUGACAGAAAAGUCUAAUCAUCGAU